AUGAAUCAUACAGAGGUUAAUCAAACAGAUCACUGCCUGCAGUUCUAUUGUCCUGAGAGAUCUGUAUCUACUGCGUAUGUGUUGUUGUAUGUAUCUGCAGCCGCUGUAGCUCUACUAACAGUGUGUGGAAACCUGCUUGUUAUCAUCUCUGUUUGUCACUUCAAGCAGCUCCACACACCGACUAACAUGCUUGUUCUCUUUUUGGCUGUGUCAGAUUUUCUAGUUGGAGCUCUCGUGAUCCCUAUAGCAUUAAUAUGGAUGAUCGAAUCAUGCUGGAUUUUUAAUCGGGGUUUCUGUAUAAAUUUUAUGUUAACCUCUUAUUUUCUUACAAGCACAUCUAUAUAUAAUGUUGCUCUAAUCGCUGUUGAUCGGUAUUUUGCUCUCUCUAACCCAUUUCUCUACACUAAAGCAGUCUCUGUGAACACCAUCUGCAUUGUGGUUUUAUGUGACUGGUGUAUAUUGUUCUCUUAUGAUUUAGCCGUUCACUAUUUCAACAGAAACUUUGAAAGUUUAGUAAUGUGUCCUGGAGACUGCUUUUUGGCCUUGGAUGAGGUCUGGUCUUUGGUUGAUCUUCUGUUUAUUUUUGUUUUUCCAUGUGCUGUUAUAAUCAUACUGUAUAUUCUAGUUUUUAUUAUUGCCAAAAAACAUGCCACUGCUAUCAGAGAGCUUAAUGCUAGGACUCAGACAUCAAAGAAGAUGACCGACUCUAUGAAAUCUGAGAGAAAAGCAGCUAAAGUACUUGGAAUAGUCGUGUCUGUGUUUUUGGCUUGUUUAUUUCCAUAUUUUAUUUACAGUUUAUUAGGCAAGGUAAUUGAAGUUGAAGUACAAGCAUUUCAAAAAGUGCUGAUCCUUGUUUAUUUAAACUCUACUAUUAAUCCAGUUAUUUAUGCUUUGUUUUAUCCGUGGUUUAGGAAGUGUGUUAAACUCGUUUUAACACUUCAAAUUUGUAAAAAAGAUUCUGCGUUAAUGAAUGUUCUAUAA